AUGGAGAAGUGGAAGAGUAUCCAACUUUCCAAAGAGGAGGAGGAAGGUGUUAUAGUGGCAGAUGAGGAGGUGUGCGCAGAGGAAGGUUUCCAAAGAUCUCUAGCUGGGAAGCUCUGGACUGAGAGCAAUUUCAACGCAAGGGCGUUUAAGAGCACAAUGGUGAAUGCCUGGAAACUGAAAAAUCCUGUGGAAACACAAGAUUUAAGCAAAAACUUGUUCCUAUUUAAGUUUGCUACGAAGAGGGAUCUGGAAUAUGUUUUGAGAAAUGGACCGUGGAGCUUCGACAGAUAUCUCCUGGUACUAAAGCGCAUUUCGGGGGAGGAGCAACCCUCAGAUCUCAACAUGCAUUACGGCUCAUUUUGGGUGCGAAUUUACGAACUACCACUCAUAUUGCGAUCUGAAACAAUGGCUAAGAAGCUUGGCAGCAUACUAGGUGAGUACGAGGAGAUGGACUCAAGGGAAGCUUUCAAGAAUGGGCGAUUCCUAAGGGUUAAAGUCACGCUGAACCUUAAAGAUCCUCUGAAAAGGGGUACGAUAGUGAAGUUCAAGGAGAAAAAUUUAAGAGUUCACUUCAAAUACGAGAGGCUCCCGACCUUCUGUUUUGUCUGUGGAAGGAUGGGUCACCAAAUGAAGGACUGCGAAGCUUUGGAAGAGUUUACAGAGGAGGGCUUUGACGAAAUUGAAGAACAAGAUCUUUCCUACGGUCAGUGGCUUAGAGCAUCCCCAUUGCCAAAAAUGAGUGAAGAAUCGAGAAAGAAGGAUUCGAGUUCAGGGAACUGCAGUAAAAAUCUCUUUAGCGUCUCCUCGAGUCAUAGCCGUUGCGACAUGAAAGAGAAAUCAACAGCGGACAAUGCAGAAAUGAUACAAAUUCAUGAGAAGGAGGAAGAGCCGGCUGCUGCUAGUGGGGAAGCUGAACGAGUCUCUAAAGGAAAAAAAAUGGUGGAUGUUGAAAAAGUUGCAGAAUCAUUGGGGGCGGUGAUUCUUUCCUCUACUGAACAAGGUGGUACAGGGCUAAGUAAAGAAAAAGGGACCCAGCAAAAGAAAUGGAGUAGAAAGAAAGUAGGGAAGAAACUAGCAGGAGAUCAGAAUGCGAAGAAAGCUUUUGAAGCUACCAAAAGACAAUUGGUAGAUGUGAUGAUAACAGAAGGACCAAUUGAAAGGAUUGGAGCCAGUGGGAAGAAAAGACGACAAUCGAGUGAGGCAGAUGAUCUACCAGAGGUGGUGUUGGAGGACCAACACCGCCUACCCCAAUGA